UUGACGGAGUGGCGGAGACCAUUUCCUCCAGCAGUAGGCCUCACAGAGCUCCGCCACACACACGCAAACAUACACACAUAUGCAGACAGGGAACGGACGAGCGUCAAAGCAAAGCCACGUUUGGGAUUGUCUUAUCUUACCGCCGCUAAACCUGGAUGCCCCGCGACCGCAGGAGUCAUCCUAAUGGGCCUUCAUCGCUAAUUUGCAGCAACAUCUGGUCGACACUACAGUGGUAUCUUUGGGCUCUGAUGGUACUAGCUGACCAGUGACCGCUACCUGCCUGAGGACACCUGCUGCCCAAUUCCCUUCAUCAUGUCUGGGAUGCACGCACCAUGGUCGACUGGCACAGAGUGUGUAGCCAAAUACAACUUCCAGACUGCCAACGAACAGGACCUGCCUUUCUGUAAAGGAGAUUUACUGACCAUCAUCGGAGCCACCAGGGAUCCCAACUGGUACAGAGCGAGGAACACGGUGGGCAGAGAGGGCACCAUCCCAGCUAACUAUGUCCAGAAAAGGGAAGGAGUCAAGUCAGGAGGGAAGCUCAGUCUUAUGCCCUGGUUUCAUGGCAAGAUAACUCGAGAGCAGGCCGAACGGCUCCUCUACCCUCCAGAGACGGGCUUGUUCCUGGUGAGGGAGAGCACCAACUAUCCUGGCGAUUACACGCUGUGCGUCAGCUGCGACGGCAAGGUGGAACACUACCGCAUCAUCUACCACAAUGGCAAGCUCACCAUUGACGAGGAGGAGUAUUUUGAGAACCUCAUGCAGCUGGUUGAGCACUACACCAAAGAUGCCGAUGGCCUUUGCACCCGGCUGAUUAAACCCAAGUUGAUGGAGGGAACGGUGGCAGCACAAGACGAGUUCUCCAGGAGCGGCUGGGCCUUGAACAGAAAGGAGCUGAAACUCCUGCAGACCAUUGGCAAAGGAGAGUUUGGAGAUGUGAUGGUUGGAGACUACAGAGGGACCAAGGUUGCGGUCAAGUGCAUCAAAAAUGACGCCACAGCGCAGGCUUUCAUCGCCGAGGCCUCUGUCAUGACGCAACUGAGGCACAACAACCUGGUGCAGUUGCUAGGGGUAAUUGUGGAGGAAAGGAGCAGUCUCUACAUUGUCACAGAGUACAUGGCUAAGGGCAGCUUAGUGGACUACCUGCGCUCCCGAGGACGGACCGUGCUCGGUGGAGACUGCUUACUCAAGUUCUCACUUGAUGUGUGUGAAGCCAUGGAGUACCUGGAGGCCAACAACUUCGUCCACAGAGACCUGGCAGCUCGAAACGUGCUGGUGUCUGACGACAACAUUGCCAAGGUCAGCGACUUUGGCCUCACCAAGGAGGCCUCCUCCAUACAGGACACUGCCAAGCUGCCCGUCAAAUGGACCUCCCCCGAAGCACUAAGAGAGAAGAGGUUUUCCACCAAGUCAGACGUCUGGAGUUACGGAAUCCUACUUUGGGAGAUCUACUCCUUUGGGCGCGUGCCUUACCCUAGAAUUCCAUUGAAAGAGGUGGUGCCCCGGGUAGAGAAUGGAUACAAGAUGGACGCCCCAGAUGGCUGCCCGCCCGUGGUGUACGACCUGAUGAAGCAGUGCUGGACCCUGGACGCCUCGGUGCGGCCCUCUUUCCGCAUGCUGAGGGAGAAGCUGCAGCAUAUCAGAGCUAAGGAGCUCUACCUGUGAAGAGGAGGCCCGGGGGGCGAUGAGGGGAGAGGAGGGGGGUGAGACACAGCCCAACACAGCUGUAAAGUGGGAGGAGGAGGAGGAGAAGGAGAAGAAGGAGAAGAAGAAGAGGGACCACAGCGCCUUCCUCCUGCCUGCUUAGCCUGUUGACCUGUGGGACUGCCAUACUGUGCCCCCCUCCCCCAACCUCAGGCGUCCCCCUCCCCCCUCUGCUUCCAUACAAGGACUGUUUUCCUGUUUGUGUUGUAUAGCUUUUGCCAGACAGUUCCCUCUUCUCUCGAUGGGCCACUGCUCUCCCCUCCUUCUAUACCUGCCGCUGCUCACUCACUCUCUCUCUGUCUCUCUCCUCUCUUGGUCCAAGUUUCUCCUCUUCCUCUACCUGGAAGAUCCCUUUUCUUUCUUAUGUUUUCCUCCCCUCCUCCUCUCCUAAACAUGGCAUUAACUGGAGGGGAGGCUGGCCUUUUCCUCCACGUUUGUCAGGUGCUCUUUCUUCUUCCCUCCCUCCAUCAUUCCUGGAUCUCUGUAUCACCAUGUGGCUCUGCAUGAAUUCAGCCCAGCUCUGUCAUUCCAUCCUUCCCUCCCUUCCUCCCUCCCUCUCUCCCCUCGGCAUGGUGUCAGGUGUGGGGCCUUCGCUCUGUGCUAAAGUGCCUCCAGUCUACAGAGCUCCAGACUUCCCUCCAGCACGUCUUUCAACUGGACUGUUGUGGUUUGAUUUUUUUUAAUUACUUUUUUUAAGAAAUCUUUUUUAUUGCUUUCUUUUUUUUUCAGGGAGGUUAUCAAACCAUUUUAUUUUUUAGUGCCGUCUCCCCCACCUCCACCAUCACCCAUCAGACUGGGGACUUUUUUUUUUUUUUUUUCACCACGUACUCAUGAAGAGAGCAUGAACAGGAAAAGAGAGUAUUUGGGGGCCAGUAUCAUGUUCGUCCUCCAACCAAUACAGCCCGGAGGAGUGGUGGGGGGGGGGGGGCAGGACAAUAACAGGAAACCGGGGAGAGGCAGUUCACAAACAUGGUUGAUUCAUCAUACGUGGGCUUGUUUUUAUAUCAAAAUAUAUUUAAAGGAUUAAAAAAAAAAAAAAAAGAACAAGGAAAAAACUGAC